AAUACGUUUCUUAACAAUAAAGAAUGUAAAAAAUUAUUGUAUAAUAAUAAUGGAUAACAAUAAGAAAACAGACUUUUCGAAUUUCUUAAAGGAUAGAGGUUACACAUUAUCUAACAGCGUAGGAAGAGGAUCCUUCGCUGAUGUAAGAUUAGCCUUCAGUUCUUUAAAUAGGAAAAAAAUUGCUGUUAAAAUAAUGUCCAGAGAGAAAGUUCCUAAAGAAUUUCUCAAUCGAUUUUUACCUCGUGAAAUCGAAAUUGUAAAAAGAAUUAAACAUCGAAACAUCGUUAGUUUCAUCGAAUGCGUGGAUAUGAAUGACACAAUAUAUAUAUUUAUGGAAUUUGUAGAAAAUGGUACAUUACUACAAUUACUAGAAAAAAAAAGAUUUAUAGAGGAAGAAAUGGCAUGCAAAUAUUUUCAUAACUUAAUUGAUGGCAUAGCUUAUCUCCAUAAGAAUGGAAUUGUCCAUCGUGACAUCAAGUGUGAAAAUUUAUUAAUUGAUAGAUUUAAUAUUAUCAAAAUUACCGAUUUUGGAUUUGCUCGCCAUUCUUUACCAAAUUAUUUAAUUGGAGAAAAUGAAAAUAAAGACAGAGAUUUAAUAUUAAGUACUACCUUUUGUGGUAGCUUAGCAUACGCUUCUCCAGAAAUUUUAAAAGGUUUACCAUACGAGCCUCAUAUGUCUGAUAUUUGGAGUGUGGGAAUUGUAUUAUAUGCUAUGGUAUGCGGGCGCUUACCAUGCCAAUCUGACGAUUACAAAACUAUACUUAAAGAGGUGACUACAAAAAUUCAUUUCCCAGUUAAUCCUCUAAUAUCUAAAUUAUGUAAAGAAUUAAUUCGUGCAAUACUUUCCCCUUUGGAAUCGAGAAUUUACAUACCACAAAUCAUGGCGAAUCAAUGGUAUAAAUAUCAAUUUCCCUGUUUAUCGAAGAAAAUAACAAGAAAGAAAACUUUAAUUUCUAAACAUUCGAAUGAUCUACAAAAUAUGUGGCCAAAUUUUAGAAAUAUAUUAAAAAAUUUUAAUUUAAAAUCACAACCGAAAGAGAAAAGUUUAGAUAUUUUAAUUAAGAACAAAAUGGAAAUGGAAAAUGUAGAUCAAAAUUUGAUUUUUAAGAAUUUAGAAGCUCUCGGAAAAUAUUUUCUAAGUAAUGAAUGCAUCGAUGAUAAAAUAAAUGAAAUUUUGGAUGAAAAUCAUCCAAGAAAUUCUACAGUUUCAUCCAUAAAAGAUGAUAAGUCACAUUCGAAAAUUCAUGAAAAUUCACAUUCUCUUGCUUCUGAAGCUAUGGAUGAUGAUGAUAAGAAUGAAAGAAAUUCACAAAAAAUCAAAGAUGAAUUUAAAAAUUUAAAAACAACAAAUGAUUCGUUUAAUUUAACUCAGAAAAAAUUCAACGAAGAUUUCUUAAAAGAUGAAGUAGCCAUUAACGUUAAAGAAUUAGAAAUUCAAUCAAGUUCAUAUCUUGUAGAAGAUUCGUCGACAGAAAUUAAAGAUUUAUCAAGUUUUAAAUUUUAUAAAAAAGAUGAUAAAGUUAUACAAUAUAAUGAAGAAAGACUUAUAAGAGAAUGUAACAUUUCGGAUGAAGAAAGAAACAUAAAAGAAGUUGAAAAACAACAAUGCGAUUUCGCUUUGUCAAAGAACAAAUCGAAAUAAAAAGAUGAUUUCUGAAUUGUCAAUAAAUAUUCUAAAUUCUUAAAUUAAAUUUUUAAGAAAGAAACUCGAUAAUUAUAUUAAAUAUUU